CCACUUAUUUCUAUACAAAUAUCUCUCGCCAGACAAGUCCUCAGUGAAGUUUAAACAAUAAUGUACUUGAGUUUUCAAGUACUUUAAAACACUUUUCUUUUCACUGGAUUUGUUUAUUGUAUCAAAAAUGCUAAAAACCCGUUGGUGUAAACUUACCGAGGCUAUAUAAUUAAAAGGAAAAGAAAUAUUAAAUCCCUAGGCUUCUCAACACCAGGCCAGGAAGACAAAGCCCAUUUCAGAGAUGUGCUAAAAGUACCAAAGUUGUAUCAGUAUCGAGAAAGACCCGGCAGAGACACACUUCAAGUGGAAGUAGCAGCAGUAACAAUAUUGAUUCAGGAGAUACAGGCUGUGAUGUUUCAAAUACUCAGAGCAAAUCAAGAAAAAAGAAAAGAAAAAUUUAUCCUUUGAGGGAAGAGAGUGUAGAUGUAGAAACAGCAGGUAGUUUGCCAAAGAAUCAGUGUGAGGAACCAACUAGUAAGGGCCAGAAGUCUGCAAAGCCAUCCAAUGCAAGGACACCAAAAUCCAAGAACAAGCACUCCAAAAAACCUAAACGCAUUAGAUUAAAAUCGAAACGCAACAAAAACAAUUUCAAAGGUGUUUCAGGGGUUAAUGUGAAGUCUAAGGCAACAAGUGGAUCUCGAGCUGUUAAUGCAAAGGGUAACUUAAAAAGCAAGAGAUUGUGCAAUUCUGCUCUGGGAGUCAUUUCUAAUCAUGAAGUGAAAUCAGCAGAGAAUGAAGUAGCUAAAAAAUCUGAACUUCCAGAAAAGGUACCAAGAAAAGAAUUUUCUGCAAUAUUAACCAACAAAGAGCUUGAGAAACUGUGUAUAAGAAAUAGCACUGUAUCUAUCAAGGUAAAGAAAUUAGAGGAUUUUCCUCCGGAAAAAAUCUCAAUAUCUUUACGUGAGAAGAAAGUAGUGCCAACAAGCAGGGAAAAUAAGAAAGCAGAAGACCUCAUAUUGUCUGUGAAAAACCAAAUUACCAAAGAUGAAUCUGGUAGUGACAAUAAGGAAUCUGCUUCUGACUUUGAACUGAAGGAUAAGAAACUUUGCAACAACACCCUUAAAGAUGCUUCAUUUUCUCUGAAAGCAAAGUCUGCAAAUAAUGGUGUGAAGACUUUGUUGGAACAGAGUAUUUUGGCUGGUAUCCAAGAUAAUAUGCAUUUUAAAAAACAAUUCUUAUUAGCAGGUAACAACAACAGCUCUGGAAAGCAGUCCCCUAAGCAAAAGUCACAUCUAAAAGAAGAGUCAUCUUCACCAUCAUCGCAACAACAACAACAACAACAACCACUGCCACCACCACCACCACCAUCAUCACAACAACAACCACAGCAACAAAAUCCUUUAGCUGCUAAUAUUGACUUUAAUCGACCAGUGACUGAUCAGAUUACAAAGUUAGCCAAAGCAGAAAAAUUAUCCCAGAAUGGAAAUGAUCUCCCUCAAUCUUCCUGUUCUUCUACUGCUAAAAGUGAAGCAGAAUCUGUCUCUGUUAAGAACAUUAGUCCUAUUGUUUGCAAAUCUGCUGAUAUACCAAAUGAAAAAUCUUUCUCUUCAAUUAAGAAACCUGUAGCAUCAGAGAAAAUGGAUUAUACAACUACAGACCACAGUGAAGAACGACAGAUAUCAAAGUCUGAGUGGUCUCGUGUAGAGGAAAUCAAAAAUCACAAGUUCAGUCCUACAUCAAGUCCAUUAAUUAUAGAUAAACAUGAACCUGUUCACCCAUAUCGUGAUCCAGAACUCAUGCGUAAGAACCCUGUACAGAGCAUGCUUACACCCCACAAACCUCUCAGCUCUUCAUACCCUAAUGUACCAACAGCCAUUCCUGCAGGGCACGGAUCUCUCCCUACAUCAAACCAGCUAUCAACCCAUCAAUUGCAGAGGACAUUAAUACCUCAAGUUCCUUAUCCACCACACCAACUUCAAUCUUUGGGUUCUCUACCACCAGCUCAUUUACCUCUACCUCAUGCAGCUGCCCUAGGCCAGAUUGAAGCCCGCGGACUCACUGCACCACCACUUAGCGCAAUCGCUCCACAGCAACAGCAGCAGACACAACAUCCUAGUCAUUUGACUGCUUUGCAAUAUCCGAAUACUCCACUUCCUCUGAUAUCUUCAUAUAGUCCAUUACACAGUGGCCUGAACAAUACACAGCUCGAUGUAUUGUGGCAACAGCAGCAGAAGUUUGCAGGUGUUUCGAACCCACAGUUUAUGUUAAACCAACAUCAAGAAGGUUUGAUAAGAGAAGCCAACAUUCUGCAUGAGCGUGAACUUGACCGUGAACGAUUAGAAAGGGAACGUCUUGAGCGUGAACGGAUAGAACGGCAUCUUGAGCAAGAAAGAUUGGAAAGGGAUAGGCAAGGGAAAGAACUUGCUGAACGAGAAAUGGAGCGUGAACGAGAAAAGGUGAAGAAAGAUAAAGAUUUGCGUGAAGAAAGAGAUCGCCAAGAAAAGGAUUUCCAAGAAAGGCAGGAUUCUCGGCAAGACAGGCAGCGUGUUUUCAUGAAGACUCAAGAAGUGAACCCUGCUGCUGCUGUCAACCAACACUUUAUAGAGUCUUUAAAACGUGCCAGUCAGAGGAGUUCUACGGUUUGGCCUUCUCCUUCAAUAACAUUAGGGACAGGAAAAGGUUUUGUGAAAAAUGAGUUGCCAACACAUUCGAAUAAAUCCAAUGUCUUUUCUCACAAUGUCUCAAAUCAGGAUCAUCUUCGACCUGACAACAAAAUUGAUGAUAAAGCGGAUAAGUUUAAAUAUGAAAAAGACACCCAACAGGAUGGCCAUGUAAAUACCCAGCGAUUGGCCUGCAUUGAUAAAGUUCAUGAUGCUUCACGUCAUCCAAAGCAUCAUAAAGAUGACAGGCUUAUCACUUCACACCAAAACAAAACAUAUGAUGGACAUCUCAAAGUAAUAGAUCAUCGCAGUGAAAUGAAGUCUGAUCCUUCUCAAGGCUAUUCAUCACAUCCUGAAAACCUUUCCCCCCAUCAACGUGCUGGUUUGAUUCAGCAAGUCAAACAAGAACCAAACUUCAGUCUCUACGGCUACCAGCCUUAUCAACAUUCUUACAUUAGCAGUGACCAGCUUAGUCUACGUGGGCUAACAGAUAAAAAUACUUCCAGAAAUGAACGAUCUCAUGAGCCAGCAUUACAACCAGACUCCACAGUAAAAAGGAAAGAUUUGUCAGUUCCACCACCACUGAUUAAAGAUGGCAAACCACACAAUAGCGUUAUUGUUGAAAAUAAAUGUCGAGACGGUGCCAAGUCUGUGAGUCCUCAUAAUUCUUUAUACGGUAGUCCUGCUGCUCAAUCUUCAAAAUCAAUAUCACCCACAUCACUUUCAUAUUCAGAUCGAAUACCAGAUCGAACUAUGACAUUUUCAACAUCAGCACCAUCUGUGUCCUAUGGUUCUCCUCAUAUAAAUUCUCAGUCACCUCGCCAGGCACCAUCUGCACAUUCUUCAUUAUCUGCUUUUCUAAUCUCUGAGAAAUCUCGUUCUCAGAGUCCUCUACAAGUUGCAAGCCCUCAGCAGUUAUCUGCUGCUGUAAUGCAACAGCCUAUUGACUAUCGAAAGACUCCUCCUAGUAAUAGUAGUCGGAAUAUUUCAACCACAAGUCAUAAUGUGCAAGCUAGCAAUACUAGUCCUCAGUGUAGUAGCAAUAGUGGUCAACAUUUAUCUAAUUCUCCAUACAGUAAUAGCAAUUCAUUACAGAAUUGCAACCCACGAUCAAUAACGGUCAUUUCACCUCACAUUUCCCAGAAUGCUAUAACUCUAGCGCAUUCAUAUAUGGUUCCCAGUCACUCUGUAGUUGCCAGCAGUAGAGAAUCAACUGUUCAUGUAGUAUCCCAUUCACAUGCCACUCAGAUAGCAUCAAAAACAUAUCCACCUGUUGUAUCUUCCCAGCACACGAAUGUCUACACUUCUAGUAACACACCUGUAAGUAUCAAACGCAAACCUGUGAGGGAAAAUAACAAUAGGAAAAAGAUUAAACCAGCCCCUACAGCUAAAAUAGCUCCAACACCAGUCACUGUUCCUGUAACAACUCCUCAAAUCCUCUUCAAUCCAUCUCCACACACCACAUCAAACAGUAGCAUUACCACAUUUCAUCCUACUGUAUCCAUUCCAGCCAGUGUUUCUGUUCCUACGUCUGGCUCAAGUUUGCUCUCCUCUGCAACUCGGGCGUCAGGUUAUAUGGACAGUUUUCGCUCCUUUGUCGAAAACACUGUCCAGAAUGCAUUUUAUCAGGAGACAGCUGACAUGCCCUCCACCCAAAAUCUACAGUCGAGAAUUAUAGAAACUGAAAAGCAAGUGCCAUCAGCUGCAAUUGCAAUUCCAUCACCUGUUCCCUCACAACGAAAUAAAGAUGUAACAUCAUCAGUCCCUCCAUCUUUACGUCCACCUCUCCCACCUCUACAUGUUUCCUCUCCUUUAACAACCAACUCAUCAGUAGCUUCACCAGGAAAGGGCAGCAGUACUACCUCGAUCACCGUUACUACGUCUGCUGUUGGUACGGAAUCCACCAGUCGAGUAGUAAAUGGCUUAAUAGACACAGACAGUGAUACACUAAGUGCACCCAGCCCUCCACCACCACCACCGAAACCAGAUACUUGUGCGUCACCUGGACGGUCAGGAAAUCAUCCAAAACUCAAGAAGGCAUGGCUCCAGCGGCAUUCGGAUGAAGACAAAGUGAAAGAAAGCAAACCAUUAAAGGAGGAUGCUGGUUCUGAAAUGGGUGACGUUCUAAAGACUUGCUAUGUCAACUGUUCCUAUAUUUCUCCAAGCAAAGGGGGAAGCAAGUCCCCUAUUACUUCAAUUAGGCUGGCUAAUGGUACCAUCAAAGACCUUGCUAAAGACAGUGACGAGUCGACCAGUUCUGCUUCUGAAACUGAUGUACAGCAUGAAGAUGAUUGUUCUACCGGUUCGAAACGUCACCAAAACACGUAUAGUCAAAUUGAUGCCAAAAGAAUAAAAACUGAAGUUGAUUCCAAAAAUGUCUGCCAAGAGAGUAUUUACAGCACUAAAAAGAAAAAUGCUCUGGGGAAAGUAAAGUUGGAAGGUCAAACAUCAAAGACUUCAGAUGCUUCAGACUGUAGCAAUGCUGAAGAUAGUGGAGAAAAUUAUAUGGAUUCUGACGUGAAGGAUGAAGCCAGUGAUUCUGGAAGUUGUUCUCCCAGAGAUUCUGAUAUUGGCUUCAAAGAGAAAAGAAGGAACAGACGAUAUAAAGAUUUUGAUGAAGAAAAUAUAUGUGUAAAUGCUGGCAGGCAAACUCCUUCAAAAACAUCAGUAGCUGUACUAAAACGAACUGGGGAACCUUUUCUGCAAGAUGGACCAUGUCGUGAAGUAACUCCCAAAUUGAUGAAAUGUCGAGAAUGCCGUCUCACUCCUACACAGCGGAGUAAGAAGCUUCCCAACAUAUUUUGUCGAUUUUAUGAGUUCAGAAAAUUGCGUUACAGUCAGAAAGGUUUUCUUAUGAUUGCUGGGUUUUCUGAGCUCUCUGAUGCCUAUGCUAACGACAUCAAGUCAUGGGAACCUAACCUACCAGUGAAAUCUCCUGAAAUUGAUGUCAGCAUUGCAAAAUAUAUCCUCAGUAAAGUCGGAGAUAAAUUCUGUGAACUAGUGGAGCAUGAAAAAGAAGCUAGAUCUUGGGCUGGCAAAGACGCCAAAGUUGCUUGGAAACGAGCUGUGACUGGGGUACGUGAAAUGUGUGAUGUAUGUGACACAACUCUGUUCAAUAUACACUGGGUUUGCCAUAAAUGUGGCUUUGUUACUUGUCUGGACUGCUAUAAGAGCCGAAGGCAGCUGGUAGAAGACGAAGCUCCUGAAGAGAAAACAGCUAAACUGCAACCUGAGCAUGAAUGGCUGACCUGUAGUGCUAACAGACAACCACAUGAACCAGAGAAAUUAAUGCUGACUCAGAUCAUCCCUUCCAAUGCUCUUUGGGACCUUGGACAACGUAUUCAUGAAAUAAGGAAGAAAUGGGGUAUAAAAUCCAAUUGUACUUGUGAAUGUAAUUCAUCCAAAAAUGGUGUGAAUCAGGAAGAUAAUCAAGAAACUGAGAACCACGUUUCCUCUGACAACACCAAGAUACCAAAUGGCACAGAAGAUAACUGCAACAGUAAUAAGAACAAGAAAAUGCGAACCUCCCAACCCGAAAAGCUCUCCAAUUAUAACCCUGAUGCCAACUCUCCACUAUGUCUUCUAGCAGAUGUUGCUAUGAAUUCUGAAAACAGUCGAGAUCGCACUGAUCCACUGCUGAAUAAGAAAGAGGCUGAAGAGAAAAAGUCUAAUACUCAAGAGCCCCUGUCACCAAAUACUGGUGGUUCUGAUAAAAAGACCCCUGGAUGCUCCACUUUGAGAGAACUCUUAACAAAAACAGCUGGCAAAGUAAAGGCAGGAGCUGACAGUAAAAAAUCUUCUAAACCAAAGACUGUAAGAGACACUCUUGAAGAUAUUAUUCAAUCUGUAGUUGGAAAGGCUUUUCCGAAAGAGAACGAAACUGUACCAAUGAUGAAAUUGAUGCAUUAUAUACCUCGCAUGGGCCCACGAAUAAUAGCUCGUGAAAUUCCAAUAUUAAAACAUACUUUAACGGAGACUAGUGUGCUCUAUCCAGAUGUUCCUCACUCUUGGCUUUGUGAUGGACGCUUGCUUCGCUUGCAUGAACCAAAGCACAAGAACAACCUCCCCAUUUUUCAAGAACAGUGGAAACAGGGCUCUCCUGUUCUUGUUUCUGGUGUGCAAAAGUACUUAAAGUCCAAAAUUUGGAAACCUGAAAGCUUCUGUGAACAAUUUGGUCAUGUAGAUAAUGACUUAGUGAACUGUCGGACUGGAGAUGUGUGGAUUGGACACUCAAUGAAAGUAUUUUGGGAUGGUUUUGAAUAUAUAAGAAAACGUCUGAGGGAUAAAAAUAAUGAUCCAAUGCUUUUAAAACUAAAAGAUUGGCCUCCGAGUGAUGAUUUCAGUGAUAUCCUUCCUCAGAGAUUUUUAGACUUGAUGCAGGCACUUCCCCUUCCAGAUUAUACAAAUCGUGUAGGAAUAUUGAAUUUAGCUUCCCGCCUUCCAGAUUUUCUGGUUAAACCAGAUCUGGGACCAAAAAUGUACAAUGCUUACGGUUCUGCUAGUUUUCCAUCAGAGGGAACGACUAACUUACAUUUGGAUGUGUCUGAUGCUGUAAAUGUAAUGGUCCAUGUUGGGAUCCCUGACGAUGGACCGAAUGGACGACAAGAUCAUAUUGAUGCUGCCCUUAAAGCUAUUGAUGAGGCAGACUGUGAUAUUAUUACCAAGAGACGGGUAAGAGAAGUCAAUGAAAUCCCAGGCGCUCUGUGGCAUAUUUAUUGUGCUGAAGAAGCUGACAAAAUUAGAGACUUGCUAAAUAAGGUUGGGAAAGAAAAUGGACAGCAGAUAGAACCUGAUCAUGAUCCAAUUCAUGAUCAAAGCUGGUAUCUGGAUGCUGAACUGCGGGACCGUCUUAACAAAGAAUAUGGUGUACAUGGUUACACCAUUGUACAAUGUCUGGGUGAUGCUGUGUUCAUUCCAGCUGGAGCACCUCAUCAGGUACGGAAUUUACACAGUUGUAUCAAAGUGGCAGAAGACUUUGUCUCCCCAGAACAUUUGAAUCACUGUUUCCGCAUGACUCAGGAAUUCCGUCAUUUGUCAGAUUCUCACAGUAACCAUGAAGAUAAACUUCAGGUCAAGAAUAUCAUUUACCAUGCUGUGAAAGAUGCCAUUGCUGUCCUCAGUGAUAAACCUGUGGAAUGAAAUCCUCUUAAGUAGAGCUGUAUACAUCUUGCUACUUGUUUCUGGCUGGUUUUGUAAACAAUGACCAAGACUGGCUGGACAGAAAAAACUCUGAUAAACCUGCCAGCCAGCCAUACCAAGUGACAUCCCACCUACACUGCCAAAGUCACUCCUGGCACUCUUUUUUUUUUUUUUUUAUCUGUUAUUGCAUUGUUAUUAAAAGCCGUCUUUGUCCUUGUCAAUCCUGCUAACUCUACUACAUCCUACUUUGUGUUGUCAACUUAAUGGUUGCAAGAAGUCUUUCAAUUUUGAAUUUGGAUCCCUGGACAAAAAAAAAACAUCAAGUUGCAUGCUUUGCAUAAAUUGUGAUACCUCUACAUUCAUGCAGCUACUGAUAUUUCACAAAUAUUUGAUUCCUAACAGCAAAACUAGAAAUUAAUCAAGGAUGAGGCCAGAUGGUGUGCAAGAUAAUAAAGCAAAAAUUGGAUUUUAUCUUUUUUUUUUUUUUCCCCUGAAAAUUCAUUUCCUGGCUGUGGAAACGUAAGAAGUUAAGCAUCAUUGAGUGUAUCGAAUUAUUUUUGCCAAUGUCAAAACUGUAGAGGACCUUGGAGCAGUUACCUAUUGUCAGCUAUGUUUGAUACAACAGGCACUCAAGAAUGGCAGUGCUUGUGCUGGCCACACUUUCUGCGAUCUCAUCUUCAUGGCAUUGAAGGAAAAUUCAUUGAACUACUAUCACCCUCUUGAUUAUUUACCAAAGAUAACCUCUAUUUCUUUCAAAGUCAUCUGAUCUCUAGUAAUAUAAUUUACUGAGGGUUUAUUUACCAUUUUAAUCUAACAAAAUAAAUGAAUUCCUUACAUUCAGUGAUAUUGGUUGGCUGUGCUUAAAAAGUCCAUCACAGCCCUGUGUGAGCAGCCAGAGUUGACAGUUGUAAAUUGACAUGCACUCUUAUCAGACAUUUCAACAGAAAAUAUCUGUUAACUGUCUCAAUCAUUACGACCUAUGCCACCAUCAUUAAAAAAAAAAUAAUUAAAAAUAUAUAAUUAAAAACCCAAACCUUUGUAAAAGUUGUUUAGAGCAUGAUGGGGCCGUUCAUUCAUCACCCCCUAGCUGUCUGUCAUUUAUUUCAUUGUCAUUAAUAAAACUGGUUGUUACUAUUGAUUCCAGUUCCUUUUUGUGUUGCCAUCAUUGUGAUGAGGGCAGCAUUUCACAUAAUGAAGCAGGGAAAAAUUUGGGGCAGGGAAAGUAAACUGCUUAUCUUUGUUUUUUUUUUUCCCUUGAUACUCUCAUUGGUUGUAUUCUAUCAGAUCCUCUUUGAAGGCAACACUUGAACUCGGACUGCUUUCAUGUUUGGUCAGUGCAGGUCAGUAGUGCAUUAGACCCAUUGAGUAAUGUCCUCAUUGUUACACCCACACCCCUCCAGACACAUACUGCCACAUGAACUAGGCACAUUUUCACCUAACAAAAACUACAUUGAACUUUUCCUCUUUUUGAUUCAUUGUUUUGACAGCAACCAAGAAGGAUGGCCGGUAUUCUAGCCUUUUGUAAAACUAUAGAAAUAUUUUUAUAUCAAAUGUCGCAUAUGUCACAGUGUUCAAGUGACUGAAAUGUUAUCACAUAUGGCUAGAAUCCUAGAAAGAACUUGUUCAACCAUUCUUAAAAAUAAAUUCACUGAUUUAAAA